GAUUAUAACCAGCAGCGGCAGCAGGAACUCCAGCAGAAGCUCCAGCAGAAGCUCCAGCAGAAGCUCCACACAGACCGGGAGGACGAUGAGCGGGGCCGGGAGUUUCAGCGGCUGCGGCUCCGUGCUGGUGACCGGGGCGAGCCGCGGCCUCGGCCUGGAAUUAGUCACCAGUCUGGCGAGCGGAGGUUAUUCUCCCGGCAAAAUCAUCGCCACGGCGAGAAACCCCACCAGCGCCCAGAAUCUUCAGGACCUGGCAGAGAAGCAUCCCAACAUCCACAUAGUACCGCUGGACGUGGUGAGUCAGGAGAGCAUAGAGCAGUGUGCAGCGGAGGUGGACGGGCUGCUGCAGGGAGACGGUCUGAACUGUCUGAUCAACAACGCCGGCAUCAACGUGGUCGCUGACUUUCCCUCUGUGACCGCUGAGAUGAUGAUGGAAAACUUCCACACCAACGCCGUGGCUCCUCUGAUGAUCACCAAGGCGUUCCUGCCUCUCCUGAAGCGAGCUGCAGGAAGAGGAGCGUCCAGCUCGGGGAGCAUGGGGAUCCAGAGAGCAGCCGUCAUCAACAUGACGUCCCUGCUGGGAUCUGUGGAGCUCAACUGGGGGGACCGGGCCAACAACUUCAAAUGGUACCCCUACAGGACAUCUAAGAGCGCUCUAAACAUGGUGAGUCGCUGCAUGGCUGUGGACCUGCAGCCUGACGGGAUCCUCUGCAUGGCCAUCCACCCUGGCUGGGUCCGCACGGACAUGGGGGGGAUGGAGGCUCCGCUGAGUCCUGAGGAGAGCGUCUCCUCCCUCUUAUCUGUGAUCGGAGGGCUGACGGAAAAGGACCACGGAUCAUUUCUCAACUUUACAGGGGAGCAGUUACCAUGGUGACCUGUUGAUCGUCCCAGUAAUAAGUCAGAAUUUGAAUAUUAUGUGAAUAUCUUUAAAGUAUGAGACAAUGAACGUGUCAGGCUAUGCUAUUUCUCUCAUCCAGGCAAAAAGAAGGACACUUCUGAAGAUCAAUACUUUCAGAUUAUUGAAGUAGUUACGUCAAGUAGACUGUUGAAGGAUGCUAUGUGAUUUAAUAAUGAAAUAAAAAGACUAAACACAG